AUCAAUGUUCAAAUUAGUCCAGGUUUCAGUGCAUGAGAAAAAAAUCAGUGAGUCAGUUCUCACACUCCCAAAAUGUAUAUCAGAUCCAGAAGCUGCGAAUAGAGCUCCUCACACAGGCAAUAUCUAUUUAGUUUUGCUAAUUAUUAAUAGAAAACUACUUUCAAGAUGAAAGAGAUCAUCGAGGUUAUAGCACUUUUUCUAGGUUUUGUAAGCUGGAUAUUGAUUCUCGUAUCACUACAAGAUCAGUAUUGGAAAGAAUCCACCACAGAAGGCAGCGUAAUUACAACCUCCACAAUCUAUGAAAACCUAUGGAUGUCCUGUGCAAGUGACUCAACAGGAAUCUAUAACUGUCGAGACUUUCCAUCCCUUUUUGCUCUUCCAGGGUACAUUCAGGCCUCCCGGGCACUGAUGAUCGCUGCCAUCGUGUUUGGGACCUUUGGGCUCGUGGCAACUCUCGCAGGAAUGAAGUGCUCAAAAAUAGGAGGAGAAAACUACAUCCUGAAAGGGCGGGUUGCUGCAAUUGGAGGAGUGUUCUUUUUACUGCAAGGGAUUAGCACCCUGAUUGCCGUGUCUUGGUAUGCAGCCAAUAUCACACAACAGUUCUUUGACCAGUUCUAUCCAGGGACUAAGUAUGAGAUCGGAGAGGGCCUGUACAUUGGCUGGUCUUCAGCUGUGCUUGCCAUUUGUGGAGGUGCAUGUCUGAUGUGUGCUUGCAAAGUCAAAACACCCAAUGAAAAAAUGCCAUAUCCAUACCAGCCAUCCUCCAGAGGACACGUACUGUCAACUGUGGCAACGUCUCAGUCUGCACCAAGCAACUAUGGAAGAAAUGCGUACGUCUGAUUGUGGAAAGCUGAGUUGGAGUCAAUUAGCAUUCUGAAUGCACUAUGGCAGCAUUUACAAAUUUCUGAUCACUGUUUAAAGGUUUAAGUGCAGUAACCUUGAUUUAAUUUGGGGAUCUAUCCAAUCUAAACCUUUAGGGACACAUUUUUGAUGUAUAGCAAUUUGUAAUGUGUAUGUAGUCUGAAAAUGACUGUUCCAGAAUAUAUGUUCUUAUACUAAAUUGCUGUGCGCUUACUGAUAUUGGAUCCUUUGAUAACCUUAUACUGUUCAACAAUUCAUUGUUUGUGUUGAAGUUUAUGAAGUUUGUGUUAGUACAUAGUGUUAAUCGUUUAUUAUAUCCAUGUAUCCAAAACCUGAAGCAAGUUAAAAUUUUGUGUAUUGUAAUCUUUUCUGUAUAUUUCAAAUGUCAUCAUACCGUUUUCUUAUGAAUAAUUUUACACAUGUACGUUCCUGUGGAUUUGAGCAUGUUUUAUACACAAAUAAAUAUCAUUUUCAGUGACAGUUUGCCCUAAACCAUGAGAAUG